GAAAAAUACAUAAUCUUCCUUGGGUAAAAAAGAACAAUAAAGACACUUAAGGGGAUACAUUAACACCUUUUGCUUUAGUUUAUUUUUAUUCUCAUGGGCUUCUAAUUUUGAGGGCAAUCUCACAAUGACAUUAAAUAACAAAGUGACGAGUUUCUUUCAGUCCAACAACCUUAUCAGUUUGUUGUCUACCAUUACCUAUAUUCUUCAAACCGCUCUCCUUCCCAUCUAUUCAAAGCUAUCAGACAUGUUUGGCAGAGCUCACUGCUAUUCUGUAGGUCUCUUUUUUUAUAUUCUUGCUUUUAUUGUUAUGGCUACAGCAAAUAACUAUGACACUUUGGUGGGAGGCCAAAUCAUUUAUGCUUUUGGUUAUUCUGGUGUUUCUAUUCUUGGUCCUAUCGUCGUCGGCGAUUUAACUACUGUUACCAACCGUGGCUUAUUCCAAGGCCUUUACAAUCUGCCUAGUUUAUUCAAUAUCUUUGUCGCUCCUCGUGCAGCCGCCCUCUUACUGGACCAGGGCCGAUGGCGUUGGGGUUAUGGUCUAUGCUGCAUCAUCCUUGGCGGCACAGCUGUUCCUCUUAUCGGUGGUCUUUGGUACGUCCACUUUAAGCUCAAACGGUCGGGCCUAAUUGAAGAAUACAAGGCUAAACAAGCCGAAACUGAAGAACCAAAGAUGAACAUUUUCCAAAAAUUCAUCUGGCUCAUGACUGAAAUAGAUAUUGUCGGUAGCUUACUCUUGAUCGCCGGUCUCUGUCUGAUUUUGCUCCCUUUGGUUCUUGCUCUUCCCAAGUGGGGUGGAUGGUCUAGCGGGAUUACGAUUGGCACUCUGGUCGCUGGUGUCGUCGCCUGGAUUCUCUUUGCAAUCUGGGAAUGGAAGUUUGCUCGAAAGCCCAUCAUCCCCUUGGCUCGUUGGAACACACAUACACCUCUGCUCGGUGUGUUGGCCUUGUCUACAGUCACCUUGAUUUCAUCCACAAACUGGCAAUACUUUACCACUUACCUACUUGUCUCUCGUAAGGUGAGCAUAGAUACCGCCAUCUACCUCGAGCGCGGCUAUAAUGUGGCCUACAUCGUAUGCGAGGUAACAGUUGGUUAUUUGAUGAAGCGAACACGCAAGUGGAGACCCUUUGUCUGGGCAGGCGUCAGCUUGACUAUCCUCGGCGUCGGUCUGAUGAUUCCUGCCCGUUUGCCUAGCUCCUCUGACGCCUUUGUCGUCAUCUCUCAAACAAUCGUCGGUAUUGGCUCUGGUUGCCUCUACACGCCUAUUCUUGUUGCUAUCCAGAGCUCUGUGCCUCAUAGCGACCUUGCUGUCGUGACGGCUAUGAUGCAAGUCGGUGGUUCAAUCGCAGCGAGUGUUGGUUCUACCAUGUCAGGCGCGAUCUGGAACUCUAUGCUCCCUGGACAGCUUGCCAAAUAUGUUCCUGGUGAAUAUGAUUAUGCAAAGAUCGUCGGAAGCACUGAUUAUGCCAUCUCCCUCCCUAAGGAGCAAUACGACGGUGUCGUACAAGCCUAUGGUCAUAUCCAGAUGAUUCUUUCUAUUAUCGCCAUCUGUAUUGCUGUUCUUACUUUCUGCUUCACAGUGCCUAUGAAAUCAUUUGGAUUGGAAGACGCCAAGGAUUCAAACGACACUACUUCGCUUAAAGAAACUCCUGUAGAAGAUUAUAAAUCAAGUUCCACAACUAAGCUUUAGAUGAUCAUUAUUAUUAUUAUUAUCCUUUACUACUUUAAUGCACUCCUCCUCCCCCUUGUAUACAUAAUAAAUAUGUUCGGUUCAACAUACAUUCUCUGUCCGCCUGGUUCCUCAUAUUUGUGCAACAUUUUUCGGAGACAUGGUGUACGACACUGUCAGAAGGGACUAGAAUCAGGGAAAUCAG